ACCAAUUAAAUUUGUUCUCUAGCGGAUGGUUUGGUUCACUAAGAUUUUGUUAAUUUAGUUGAUCAUAGUUGUUCAAAAUGGAUUGUUGUUCCUUUUGUUUCCGGUGUUUUGUGAUUAUUUCUCUUAGCGGUAAUAUCCUGAUAAAUAGCAUUGGAUUGCAGAGGAAUAAGCGAUUUCUUAUAUUUCCGCGUCAAGCGCCCACACGUUAUCAAUUCAUUGGAGGCAUUGGAAUUCCAGCCGAUCUCUCGUAUGAAUCUCUCACCACUGGACACGUAUUAAAGGCUGAAUACUGGCUACCCUAUAAUGCGACAGUUUUUCGUGAAAAUCCAUUUUGGCCAGAGUAUUAUAAUAAAUACAACAACACAUUUCCGAUGUAUGCAUUACAAGGGAGACAAUCAACUCUGCGUUGGAGCUUGUAUUCCUAUGCAGCAAAUCGACUUGACAGCUAUGGCUACAAAGGCAUGGAAUGCGUACUGAAGGCGAUAUGCGAAGCGAGCUCGAUAAGUUUUCGACGGGGUCACAGCAUCUUUGCUGAACUCAUACAUAUUUUUCUGAGCCCCAGUACCUCUGCUGAUAAGGCGACGCCGGAGGGAUUGCAUUACAAACAGGCUGAGCAGAUCGGUAGAAAUAACGGCGAUUGCGAUUUUUACGAUUGUAAAAUCAGUUUAUUGAAUUGGAUAUCAAGUGUGCUCAAGGUCGAGCCGUAAAUGAUAUGAAAAUUUAAUAUAAGUAUGAAGAAAAUAUGUAUUGAAAUAUCUAAAACCAGCUUUAAAAAAAUGGUGUAUUUAAUACUGGUUGAUAUGCUGUCGAGCAGCAUUUAUGUAACAGAAAAGAGAUCAUAUGGUUCUAGGCCAGUGUUUCUGUCAAUCAUGAGAAACGCUUAUGUUGAUGACUUUCGAUAACCCUCACUGAAUUUUUUUUAACUAUUCAAAAGAAAUUUUUAGAAUUUUUUUAUUGGUCAAAUUGACCUAUAAAUAGAGUAGAUAGAUGGUUGGAAUACUCCAUCAAAAUAAUUUUCGUGAAACUCUACUGUCGAACAUUGGCAAUAAAAUAUCUAUCAGAAAUUGACUUAUAAUGAUUUUUACACGUAAUUUAAAAAUGUUUAUGACUAAAUGUGGGAAACUUUGACCAACCGCGUAUUAAAUUAAGAUGCGCUGGACUAUUACGUGUAUAUGUAACUUUUGCUACAUAAAAAAUAUCUACUUAUGGUUACUUUCAGGACUAUACUCGUAUGGUCACUUUUUUGUUUUAGUUAAAAUAUAAAUAUUUUAUUUUGUAAUGCGUUAUUAGGUUUUUUGAAUUAUUUAUUGAAAAAUUAGUUUUUAAACUUUUUUCAACAAAAAAUGUAUACUAAAUUUUGUUCUGAAAUAAAUACAAAUUGCAGUGCUUAGAAACAAGUUUUUGAGGUCUGCUAAGCGGUGCCCUGUUUGGAUCGGCUUAUAAGUUCUU